CAACGACCGCGAGACUGACUGCGGCGCCCUAUUUCCUUUCCUCGCUGUAAGUGCGAGGGCAACAGCAGAAAUCGAGUCAUCAACCAUCACAAACUUUAGUCACAAGCAGCGUUUAAGUUUUAUUUGUAGGCGAGCAACACACCAGCUGUUCACAAGGUAGGCCAGGGUGUAGUUUCUGAAGCGCCCCGGCGUGUUUGAGGCGUUUGUUAGAGGCGUAAACAGUGUAAAAGAGGAGUUGUAGGAGUGUUUGACGGUUAUGGCAGCAUCGCGUCCCGUUAAAGGGAUCCUGAAGAACAAAUCCAGCAUCAAAGCCCGAGAAGAAGAGCCAGUCCAGGACACCCCAGAACCAGGAGCCCCGUUCAACUCUGAAGACGACCAAGAGAAGAAAUCUCAGAAAUGGGAUGAAAUGAACAUUUUGGCCACAUAUCACCCGGCAGAUAAGGACUAUGGGCUGAUGAAGAUAGACGAGCCCGACACGCCGUUCAACAGGAUGGUGGGCGAUGACGAGGAUGAGGGGGCGGUCAGCGAUUCUGAGGGGAACACUGUCCUACCCGCAGAGGACCUUGUUAAGAAGCUGGCGGCGGCAGCAGCAGCAGCGGAGGACGCAGGAUCUCGCUUCAUGGAGGAGCCGGACGAGGAGAGCAGUGAGGAAGAGGAGGAGGACUUGGGUCCGGAGGAUCAAGCCAGAAAGAAGCAGUUUCAGAUGAUGAGGAAGAUGCAUUAUAAUGAAGGUAUGAACAUUAAACUAGCUCGACAGCUCAUCGCCAGUGAGCUGGAAGAGGAGGAAGACGAGGACGAAGAGAUGAAGGAUGACACAGAGACCGAGGACAUCACCGUCGACCCCCCACAAGAUGCAGAUGCCUUGGAUUCAUAAGGAUGUCAGGAUGUGUCCAUCUGCUCCUGUCUUGUCCCAUGAACGUCUGGAAAUUGGUUCAGCUCCAGGAUUCCCCUCCACCCCCCGACAUAUCACCCAGCUCCCUCAUUUGCCAAAGGUUCACUGUCAUACCGCUAGAAAGGAGACUGUUAUCAUAGCGCUCCAGACCUGGACUCCUCUGACCAGUGACCUCUCUCUGAUUCCCCACUGUCUGUUAUUGGUUUAAUGUCCUCUGAACAGCAUGCUCUCUGCUCGGGGGGCACAGAUGUGCUCUUGGGCUUCGACACACACCGCUCACACGAGCUCUGCUGUAUGCAUGGCUUUUCAAAACCAUGUUUAAUUAGAUUGGCACUAAUAGUAUAUAACAGGAGAGUAUUAUAAAGCUAGAUAGAAAACUACUGAUAAGCAGAGCGAACCCUUUGGUUGUUUCUGCAGAAGCUUUUAAAGGUGCGCAAGAGUUCUGACGGUUUUGACACUUACUGAGCUUUCUUUGUUUUGAUUGAUUGCCUUUUUUGAUUGAUUUGUUUCUGUGAUUACUGAAGAACGUAAUUAUCCUGUAGUACCAAAAUAAUCAUUUUGACACCUUGACCCAGCUUGAAAUCGCAGUUCUUAUCCUGGUGUAUUUAUCAAUUUAUAGUCAUGAAUACUCACACAAUAUAUAUAUAUAUAUAUAUAUGUAGGUUGUAUAACAAAAAAACUAAAUGGGUGAAUAUUGCAAAACCUGACAAGAACAUGUAUAGGCCAUAUUUUGGCUUCAAAAUCAAAAGAUAGAAUAAAUCUGGUGAAGGUUAUUUUUGCUCAUUACUUUAAUCCCAAAUUAUCGUUACUUGAAUUCAAAACGACUCAUUACUGUAAUGGAAAAAAAUGCUCAGACUCAUUGCUGUAAUAUAUUCAAACUCUAAAUACUACUGUAAUGUUUAUGAGAUCUGACUAAUUACCAUAAUACAAAAUCAUAUUCUGGCCCUGUACCAGAAUGCCAAAAAUAUAUAUAAUAAUAAAUGAGUAAAUAAAUAUAAACUCUUAU